GUCGGCGCUGGAAAACACCGGGAAAGGAUUUUAAGGGUUUCACUGGUGCAAAACCCCCUAUUCCCUCUGGUUUCGGGGCCCGCUGACCCUUUCCCAGCCUGCGCUGGCAGCAAAUUCCCUUUUCCGAGCCUUUUUUCUGUGAGCACAAAGGGAAAGGGCUCUACGCGCAGCCCUGAACUUUCCCAGCGUUCAGCCGGCCCCGGGAGCUCGCGGCGCGAUCGCGUGCAGCCUUUGUCCCGGCCCAGUGGGGCGCUGGGUUGUCGGCCGCGGCCCAGACUGGGGAGAAGAGGAGGAGUCGUGACGGGGGGGGUGAGAGAAAUUGGGGUGAGGGAGAGCGAUUUCUGGUCGGUGCCGGUGGAAGACGCUGAACCCGUGCUGCCCUGGAGGGGAGACGAUCCGGUGGCGCUCCCUGACGAAUGCUCAUCCCCGUGGGCAUCACCCACACCCUGACCUUGAAAACGUUAAUAAUUUCGGAGUGAUAAAAGGCUUUUUUUCCCUACAAAUCCACUUUUUUUGUUGUUGUUUUUUAAGUGAUUUCAGUGCUUUUUUUGCGGCUAACCCACGCCUGUCUGUGGUUCGCCGGCGCAAGGGGGGCUUGUGGCUGUGCAUCCGGCAGCGUUCCGGCGAGCACCGGCGCUGAUCCGGAUCCGGAUCCCGGUGACGAAGCUCUUCCCUCUGUCCCCUUCUCUCCACGUACGGCACCGGCUCCGCCGGCAUCGUCUCACCCCCCUCCUCCCGGCGCCUGUAUUUCACGCGAGCGGCACAGCCUGUCAUUACGCCGCCCGCUUUAAUCCGCCCGGGAUUAACGAAGCUGAAUUCUGCAUCGUCAGGAUUUUUCCCUGGCCGGAGCUGCCGGGAAUGGGAUUACCAGUGACCGCGUUCCUCCCGGCGCCGCGUUCCUGGUGCUGACGGCAUCGCCGGCAUCUCGUCCGUGCUUCGGUUCGAGCUGUUUGGGUGAUUCCUGCCGCUCCAUCUCCUCUCCCGCGUUGCUGUCAACCCAGCGUGACCUCGGGAGCGUCUCCGGCUGUAGCACCGCAUUGUUUUUAAAGCCUGCGUCGCGGAGGUCUGGGAAGACACAACCUUCUCUUGAGUUGGCGGGGGAAGAGCUUUGCUCCUCGGCGAGAUGUCCACCAAGGUGCCCAUCUACCUGAAGAGGGGCAGCAGGAAGGGGAAGAAGGAGAAGCUGCGUGACAUCCUCUCCUCCGACAUGAUCAGCCCCCCGCUGGGGGACUUCAGGCACACCAUCCACAUCGGCAGCGGCGGGGAGAGCGACAUGUUUGGGGACAUCUCCUUCCUUCAGGGCAAGUUCCACCUCCUCCCCAGGACCGAAGGCAGCCUCGAUUCCGACAAGGACAGCCCCGACGCGGCGCCCUUCGAGUUCUCCAGGACGGCCACCAUCUCCGGCCACCAGCAGCCCUCAUCGGAGACGUCCUCUCCCCUCCUCAAAAACGCCAUCUCCCUGCCCGUCAUCGGGGGGCCGCAGGCCUUGACGCUGCCCUCGGCGCAAGCCCCACCGAAACCGCCACGGUUGCACCUCGAUGACAAAGCCCCGCCGGUGCAAAGCCGGGAGGAGGACGGCGAGGGCAGGAGCGUCGCCCGCCCGCCGCCGCGUCCCUGCGCCUCGCCUUUCGCCGCCCCCACCAACGGCUUCACCGAGGAGAAGGGCGACGCCGAGCCGCCCUUCCUCUCCCACGCCGGCUCCCUCCUCUCCCUCCACGUGGAUUUGGGGCCGUCCAUUUUGGAGGACGUCCUGCAAGUGAUGGAGAAACACCAAGCGGAGAGAGUGGGUGGGUCUAUACAGGAUUCGGGCCGGCAGGAGAUCUUGACGUGAAGACGACUCAAGAGCCCGUCGUGCAAACGAGACGUGAGCGUUUUCUCCCCGCAGAUCUCCGGCUUCUCCCUCCGCGCGGGGAGAAAAAAUUCAAACACCCUGCGAAGACAAGACAGAAGAGGCAGCGCUCGCUGCCGGAUUAUUUCGCCGCUUGCCCGUUUCAACUGCACCUUUAGCGACGGAUCGAACCGUAGGACUGCGCCGACCGGUAGCAAAUAAGCCGCCGCGCCGUCAGGAACAUUUGUUGCACUGGACGGGAUGAAACAGCGACGGUUGAAUUCCCAAAUGUUUCGGUCGGGAGGACUUUUGGGGUUUCGGGGUGGUAGUUUGUUUUGUUGUUGUUUUUUUUUGCUUGAAGAGGGUUUGUGCUCAGUCAAGGCGAAGGUGUGACGCUUGCUGUUUGCCAACCACCCGCACCAUCGCGGUGAUGUCAGAUGUCAGCCUGCGGCGUGAUUUAAUUUUUUUAAGAUCCCACAAAAAUUGGUAAAUCUAGUGGUUACGUGGCAAAAGGCUCCACCGGGCUUUAACACUGCGCUGUCUCUAAGCAGAAGCCAAAAGCUCUCUGUGGAGAAGCAAAAAAAAAACCCUCUUGGGCUGCAUUUUAGCAACCGAGCCCAUGGAGCUUGGGGUUGGAAUUGAAAAUGCUAAAUAAGAUGCAAAAAACAAAGAAAAAAAUACGUUAAGCGAAGGGUGAGUGACCACCCGGCCGGAUUCCUGCGCGAUGGGGUGAAAUUCAUUCUCCCGAAAGACGCCGCCUCCAUCAAUUGCGGAUUGUUUGGCUGGACGGAGGAACGAGGGGGUGAAACGCUUCGGCACGCAGAAAGGAAUGCGAAUCCCUUCUGCUUUUUUAAAAAAAUAAUUAAAAAAAAAAAAAAAUCUGUGGAAACGCCAAUUCUGCUGACAUCGGGGCGAAAGACCGUAACGCCUGGCUGCGAGGGCUUUUGUUCUUUCCCGAUCUCGGAAUCAAGGACAAGAGAAGCCUGUUGGACUCAGUGACGGUGUAAAAGCAAGCGGGACCUUGUUUCCUAGAUGGCAUCGCUGAUUAACUGCAUCAUUUUUAACCGUUUCUGGUAGUUUUAGCCCAGAAUGAGACCUGGGAGUCCCCCUUAGUAGGGAAUUUUAAGGCACCUCUUGAAGAGCACGCUGACUUUUUGCCGGAGCCUGACCGUGUAUUUUUUUACAUCAUCGAUUACUGUUUCGUACAGGUAUCGUUAACUAAUGAGUCAUUAGAUUAAUGAGCCCGUAGCUCGUCACCACACAAUUGUGUCUGGGCUCUUGCUUACUCUUGCCCCUCUGCGUCCGGCGGGGCGCUCUCACUGUAAGACCAAAACACUCUGUUUUGGUGGAAACACCAAAAAUUUAGGGUUAAACCAAUUUUUCAAGCUGUCACUCUGCAAAAGAAUUAAGAAAAUGAGGUUAAUUGAGCUCCAUCCGGGCAACCGCUGGGUUUAAUUUCUGUUUGAUUUUAUGCUGUUACGGUUGGAGCCUUACCUGUUCUAAACUGACGGCGCAUCCUCCGAACGCACCCAUCUGUGUGGCGAUGACUUCUUUUUAUUUAUUUUAGGAUUUUUCUUACCAGAAAUAAUUCCAGUGACAGGAUGGGGGCGUUUUAGAGCAUUGUUUGUAAUUAAUUUACCCUUAAUUUAUUUCGAUGGCAGAUGUGGCUCGGUUUCCCAGUCCCCUCUGUUCUUGCUAACAUGCCGCAGCUGCUGUUUGGUCAAACAAUUUGAAGGAGGAAAAAAAAAAAGCCUGGAAUAGAUAAUUUUGGGUGGUUUCCAGAGUGCUUUGGGUUUGUUGUUUUUUGGGGUUUUUUUUGUGGCCCAACACCUUUGUGGGGAGCGGGGGUGGGUUGUGACAACACAGAGGGCACUUGUUUGCAUGGAUCUCACCUUAAUUAGUGAAUUAAAGUGAGCUGGGGAUGAAGAUG